GCUCAUCAUACCCGUGCUUAUCUUACUGUUGGUGUAAAUAUGGGGGGCUGGAAGUGUAAAAACAGAGAGAGAGACGGACAAAUGAGAUGUCAACAGCAGCAGCAGCGUACUACUGUCUGUGAAAGAAAGUAAAAGCAAGAUAAGGCCAAGACCAGAUUUUUACAGCAGCAUCAAUUCAACACUCUCCCGCUAAAGUUUCUACCUUUCUCCUCCUGCUAUUUCAAAUAUUGAAAAGACAAGUUUGGCAAAAAAGGCGUUCCGAUUUAAAGUAAUGGCAGCGAAUGAAGUGACGGCAAGGGUUCAUGAUCAUUGCACAGUUGUAGAGAAGGUAAACAACCGAGUUACACUUACAUGCAAUUACUGUGGAAAAAUAGUUUCCUGUUAUUCUCGUCUCAAGAAACAUUUAGCCGGAACAGGUGGAGAUGUAUCACCUUGUAUAGAUGUUCCAGAGAAUAUAAAGGUACAAAUGAGGAACAGUUUGCCAAUGAACAGGGAAGUUCUUCAGUUGUUCAAGUCCUGUAGUCUUUCCAAGAAAACUUCUGAUUCCAGUGAUUCCCUUGAGCGAAGCAGCAACAAUGUCGAUGAGUCCAUUCAAUCCAAUUUGUCGCGGAAGAGAAAACACAGCUCUAUAAUAGAGUACUCCGGAUUGGAGCAUGAAGUUGAGGUUUUGCAGGUUGUGCAUUACCCUGAAAUAUUAAACAAAAUGAAGAAAGAAGAACAAGGAGCUGAGGAUGACUCAUCUACGCAAAUCCAGAGGUGUAUUGGCAAAUUCUUUUUCGAAAACGGUGUUGAUUUUACUGCAGCAAACUCCCCUUCCUUCAAGAAAAUGAUACAUGCAUUGGGUGGACCUGCAUCCACGGCAUAUAAGGUCCCUAAUUGUGAUGACCUCAAAGGGUAUAUCCUAGAGGAAGAACUGAAAGCAAUGAGAGAGCAUGUGCUGGAAAUCGUGUGUUCUUGGAAAAGCACUGGAUGCAGCAUAUUACUCGAUGGGUGGACCGAUGAGAAAGGGCGGUAUAUGAUUAAUUUUGUCAUUGAUUGCCCACGCGGUCCCAUAUACAUGAAGUCGGUCGAUUUCUCAGAUUCAGUUGCAGAUGUAGAUGCCAUGGUCUCAUUGUUAAGUGGAGUUAUUGAAGAUAUAGGAGUACAGAAUGUGGUUCAAAUUGUCACAUAUGCUACUGGGGGUUCAAUGGAGGCAGUCGGUAAACAAAUGACAGAGAAGUAUAAGAGUGUGUUUUGGACUGUUUGUGCAUCUCACUGCAUAGGCCUCAUGUUGGAGGAAAUAGGAAUGUUGCGCACUGGGAGUAGAGUAAUUGGUAAGGCAAAGGCCAUUACUAAGUUCAUUUACAGCCAUGAGAUCGUUUUGACGCUCAUGAGAAAACACACUCGUGGGUUCAAUCUUGUUACUUCCUCCAGGAUAAGAUCAAUGGUGCCAUUUUUAAUCUUGGAGAGAAUUAAGUCUCAAAAGAAGAAUUUGAGGGAGAUGUUUAUUUCGCCGGAAUGGAAGAACUCGACCUUGGCUUCAACAGCUGAUGGUUUGAUGGUGGCUGGUUUGGUCACUGGGGAGCCUUCUUUCUGGACUGAAACCGAAAUGCUUUUGAAGGCAAGUAUUCCACUUAUACAUGCUCUGCAUCUACUUAAUGGAGGAGAUAGUAGACCCCAGUUGGGCUACGUAUAUGAGACAAUGGACCAGGUGAAGGAGACGAUAAAAAAGGAGUAUAAAGGCAGGAAAACCGAGUGUCAGAUUUUCUGGACAGUCAUCGAUGGGAUUUGGGAUAAUCAACUCCAUAGCUCUAUCCAUUCAGCAGGCUACUUUUUAAAUCCAGGUCUCUAUUACUUUGACGAUUUCUAUGUUGAUGCUGAGGUUGCGGCCGGACUUUUUUGCUGCAUCGUACGGAUGGUAGAUAGUAUACGUGAGCAGGAUUUGAUAACAUCACAAGUCAAUGAGUAUAGAAGGGCUAGUGGAGCUUUCGGCAAUGCAGAUGCUGUUGAUCAGAGAAUGAAGCUUGCUCCAGCGAAGUGGUGGUCCUUGUAUGGAGGUCAAUGCCCUGAACUGCAACGACUUGCUAUAAGGAUUCUGUCUCAGACCUGUACUGGUGCCUUGAGAUAUGGUCUGAAAAGGAGUCUAACCGAGGAACUACAUAUGAAGGGAAGGAACCGUGUAGAGCAAAAACGGUUGAAUGAGCUUACAUUUGUUUACCAUAAUCUCCGGUUGCAAAAUUUAUCUGCUCCAAACACGGAUAACACAGACGUAUUUCUUGAACCGAUGGAUUCAAUGGAUGAAUGGGUUGGAGGAGGUAGUAUGGAAGAGAAAGCAGUUGAACAAAAUGGUAAUGCUAACAACAGCUGGAUGUUCAGUAGUUAAUGAUUUCGGUGAUACUAAUACGUAAGAGGCAGGCAGGGAAUUCAAAAUUCUGAAGAAUGAAAUUGGGAUGGACAGGAAGAACUCUUAUUGCGUGAAUGCAGAAGCAUUGCUUUUAUUUUUCUCUUCUGAUAGACUUGUUUAAAAAAAAGUAGGCAUUUAGUACUAGAAUUGAUAGAGUUGUACAUAAAGCAAGCAAAAUGCAGCUUCUGCUGCCUGAAAAUGAGUUUUAUCCAAGUAGGAAUUAUAUAAGCUUGAUUUGAGCAACAAUUUUUAUUAAAUGG